AUGAAGAUAUUCUUGCGCACUCCUAGAGCUCGGCGCACCAGGUGCUUUGUCCUUAUUGGACUGUUGCAUCUAGAACGAUGUGCUGCAUUCCUCGGGGCACUGAAGUCCCUCACCCCACCGGCCAUGCCGCCCACUCCCUAUGGAAUGGCCGCCGGAGCCGCUGCCAAUGGCAUGCCAGGCGGUCCUCCAGGCAUGCCCGGAGGAAUGCCAAAUAGUAUGCUGCCUACGCCUUUCGGAAUGGCCGCCGGGGCUGCCGGUAAUGGAAUGCCGGGAGGACCCCCGGGCAUGCCUGGUGGUAUGCCUAAUAACAUGUCAGGCGGUAUGCCGAAUGGUAUGCCCGGCGGGAUGGGAGGAAUGCCAAAUGGAAUGGGAGGGGGGCCUCCAGGCAUGCUGUCGCCUUCACCCUACGGAUACUCUCAGCCAAAUCCCUAUGGUCUAAAUAACAACCCCAGUAUGCCCUACAACAACAACCAACCACCCACAAACGGCUAUAAUGGUGGCAGCCAACAAAGCUUUCCCUACGGCCCCAACAACAACAACAAUCCCUACAACAGUGCACCCAACAAUCCCUACAACAACUCGUAUAACAACUCAUAUAACAAUUCGUAUAACAACUCGUACAGCAAUUCAACCAAUGGUGGCAAUGGCUAUUAUCCAAAUAACUCUUCUUCUCCUGGCCUCUUCUUCUGUCAAAACAACAAGUACCCAGACUUGAUCAGCCUUACCCUAAUCGCUACAAAAUCACAACCAACCCGGCCAGCAUUCAUCUACAUCGUCAAUGGCAGUGUUAAGAAAGGCGAGAGAUAUAUAUCCAAGCGGGUCAUUAAUCAAAUCGGACUUCGGGACGUACUUUUCACUCGGCCACUCACUAUUACACAUGAACAUAAUAUCUUCAGCCAAGAUGUUCAUCUAAAGGGCAAGGACGUAAUCGGUAUAAACAUCGGAACAAUGCCAAUGGUUCAAUCCAAAGACGACACUCUGAUCUUUCCCGUGUGCGGCAAAGACGCCAGGCUAUGUGAGUACAACGCCAAUACCCACAGAAACAACUCACAUAACUCCUCUCGCGCCCGAAAUUGUAAUGCCCCUACUCUAGCUACCUUUAGAAAGAUUAUUGGGGCCGAAUCAAUUCCAACUCCCGGCACAAAUGACGGAACCAUAACAGCAGUCCUCUUUGACAGCCAGAAUCUCACCGAUCAUACGCAGGAUGGCCCCAAGUUCGAAAUAAGGGAUAUUGCACCCGCCACCCUUGGCGACAAACAAAACAACCUGGGCAAUAGAUACACCGAAGUCGACAUUCCCUUACUAGAAAGCCAGCACAUCACCGAAAAACAAAUCCAGCAUCUUGCCGAUACCAUCAAAAACAAUCCCAACAAACUAUUCUAUAUUAUAUCCAGCACCAUCCGCGGCUUUUCUAUCUUUAGCUGGACGUAUUACUUUGUGCAGAAUCCUUCUUAUGAACGAAAGCAGUUUGUUAAACUACUUCAAGAAGUCCCCAGUGGAUUUUCCAAGUUCGCCGAUGAUUACGACCAGUCGACCCAGCGUGGUGAUUUUAAAGCCAUCAUAUCCCACUAUAUUCCCCACCACAAUACCCUAAACGACUCCGCAAGCGAUUCUCACGACAAUCAAGAAAGCGAUACCCACUCGAAUACCCGCCACCACGACGAUGACAAUGACAACAGCUCAAGCACCACCAACGACCACCACAACCAUCGAAGCCGCAAAUACCGCAAAGUCCACAACAAUCAAAGCAACUUUAACAACUACAGCAACCACAACAACUAUAACAAUUACAACAACCGCCAGCAUGGACAAGCAAUCUCUACUUUCUAA